GGAGGGCAAGAAAGGGAAGGAAGAGGACAGGGUAAGGGCUGCGCGAGGGACAAAGAGAAAGUUAGAGCUGUACGGUAGAGGCGGAAGGGAAUAUUGAAAGCACCAACGAUGGAGAAGGACGGGGAAGAAAUUAAAGGGAGAAAAGAGAACGCGUCCAAAGGAGAGAAAGAUAGGUAGGGACUGACGAAUCACCAGAAAGGGACGGAAAACGCGGUGCGCUUGUGGAAUGAUCGAGAAAGGAAAGAGGAAAAGAGAAGAGAAAAAGCGCGGAGAGGGAAAGAGAGAGAGAGUGACACGAACGGUGGAGGGCGAUUUAGUGAAAAGAGCGAGAGUGAGAAGCGUAUACAGCGGGUACGGACGAGUAAAAGAGAAAGUACCACUGCUCGAAAAGAGAGGGAGAGGGUAUACGAACCAUAAUCGUGGUGAGACAGAGAGAAGGGAGGCAAAGGAGACGAGACAGAGUGCGCCCACCAAGCCGCCUCCAUACCACCUCCAGCAUUCCCGGCCUGCACACACAGUUGCAGCUGCACCGCCGUCGGGGCCUGCUCGUGUGCACAUGCGAGACUGCGCGCGCGUUUCGUCUCUCGCUUGCAAUCAUCUCCUCCGGUACGCUGUGCGUUAAACAGGCUAGUUCUUAACUGAAUAAAAUCAAGUGUGUUUUACGUUCAAUCGGGGCACCGUGUUCGGGAACAUCCAAAUUCUAGUAUCUAUCAUGAGCGACAAAUUUGAUCGUCUCAACUUUCGUGAAAAACGUAAUUCUCCUCUUUGGGGCAUUUCGAAUAGAUUCAUCAGUGGGACACAGUGAACGAGUUAUUCUCUCCAUUUCGUCCUUAUUCAUUUUUUAUCCACGAUUGAAUUCACGUGUACCUUCGUAUCGGAGUUCCGGCGGAGUUAGUUAACGUUAACGUGACAGUCGGCUGGAAAGCGCAGUGACAUUUCGCAAAUGUCAGCCGCCAUCGUAGCAGCCGAAGUGAUAUCCCCGUAAUCGGACCGCGGACCGUGAUAAACGAUAAGAAAAGCACCCGGUUGUUUCCCACCAGUGUUUGACUCUAGUUUUCCUCGCUCGUUACUCGCGAGCGAACGCGAGACAUGUGAUCCUGCGAGGGCCGCGCGAAGGGAUCGAGAAAGAGACGCGUUAAACCGUCUGUCGCCGAAGGCUCGGAAAGGGACUGCCGACAUGGACUGGAUCAGGAGGCAGGACAUCAAGGAGGAGUCACCGGAAACUCCUACAGCUCUGACACCGGACGAGCCUGACGAAUGCUAUUUCGAAGAAGACACCUCGAUAGACGAGGGCAUGGGUCUGGACAAUGUGAGCUCAGCGACCCUCAGGCCUUUCAACUCGGACAUCAACACACCGAGAAUUGACAGCUAUAGGUUCUCGAUGGCGAACCUAGAAGAUUCUCAGGAUGUCGAUCUCGACGCGAUCCUCGGCGAAUUGUGCGCAUUGGAGCGCCGAUGCGACGGUGACAUCGCGGCCACACCUGCGCCCGAUUCGCAGAGACAGGGACGACCAAACAGCACAAGGAUCACCGCUGCUGACAAUACCGACAUCGGUAAAAACGAAGGAGCUAUGCGGACCGAUAGUCCUGACAAUGACAGUGCGUUCUCGGACACGGUGUCGAUGUUGUCCAGCGAGAGUUCCGCGAGUAGCAGCGGUUCCGGUCACAAACCUCCUCAGACCGCCAUGCACACAGCCCCACAACAGCAGUCCCAUCAGCUUAUGGACGCUGCUAGCAGAGUCAAGGCGGAAAAGAUCCGCUUGGCGUUGGAGAAGAUACGCGAGGCCAGCGUUCAGAAACUCUUCAUCAAAGCGUUCACUUUGGACGGCAGCGGGAAAAGUUUGCUCGUGGACGAAGGAAUGAGCGUGGCUCAUGUAUGCAGGUUACUCGCCGACAAAAAUCACGUGCCAAUGGAUCCAAAAUGGGCGGUGGUCGAGCAUCUUCCCGAUCUUUUCAUGGAAAGGGUAUACGAAGACCAUGAGCUGCUAGUGGAAAAUCUUCUACUAUGGACGAGAGACUCGAAGAACAAGCUGCUGUUUGUGGAGAGGCCAGAAAAAACUCAAUUGUUCCUCACUCCAGAGAGAUUCCUUUUAGGUCCGUCAGACAGGAGCAGUGGAGAAUACGAUGAUCAUUCUCGUAAUAUUCUUCUGGAGGAAUUCUUUUCUAGCAGCAACGUUGGAGUUCCAGAGGUCGAGGGACCGCUGUACCUAAAAUCGGACAGCAAGAAGGGCUGGAAAAGGUACCACUUCAUCCUGCGGGCAUCCGGCCUCUACUAUUGGCCGAAGGAGAAAGCUCGCACGGCUCGUGAUCUCGUUUGUCUGGCUACAUUCGACGUGAAUCAAAUUUAUUACGGUAUCGGCUGGAAGAAGAAAUACAAAGCCCCGACAGAUUUCUGUUUCGCUGUGAAGCACCCCAGGUUACAGCAACCUAAAUCGACCAAGUACAUCAAGUUCCUCUGCGCGGAGGAUAACGCGUCCUUGGAACGAUGGAUGGUCGGGAUAAGAGUGGCCAAAUACGGAAGACAAUUGAUGGAGAACUAUAGAACCCUGGUCGACGAGCUCGCCCAAGAGGAUCUCGAUAUAUUGGCCCAUGCCAGAUCAUGCUCCGUUAGCUCGAUCGCUGUGCCAGCUCAGAAUCAGACACAGUACAAUACCAUCAACGAUAAUGCUCGUCAAUUCACGGAAAACUUCAGGCACAACGUGGAGGUGGCUAUUACCAGACAAUACGAUGGCCAGAGGCAAAUUUACAAUUCUGAACAACGACAGAGUUAUAACAAUGAUGGGAGACUGAGCAGAGCUAGCAGCUCCAGCUCCAGCGGAUGUCUGUCUGAUGGAGCGCCUAGCAGUUGCGAGGUAGCUUUCGAAUGUGGCGAAUUUCCAACGGGAACUAUCAAAAGGAAACCUUCGAUGAAUCCAAAACUACCCCUCACAUCUAUAACGAGACAGUUGAAGGAAGUUGGAGAGACAGUUCGUGACGAGCCGGAUUCCUGUCCAAGUCCAACGAGUUCCGGUUCUGGAACAUUAACCAGAAGGCAUAGUCGAAGAAGAAGUGGUACCGACUCGGAUGGGUCUGGAACGUUGAAGAGACACCAUCGAUCCGGAAACGCGACUCCGGUCAGUCCUGUACCUCCUGGUACACCAGUUAGAGAGCGAGCGAGUCCUAUGGGAUAUAGUAGGUCGGAGAGUCAGGAAUCGAAGACGCCUACCAGCCCGAUACCAACUUGUAUGAUGGAUUCGAUUACUUCCUUACCGCCACCGCCAUCGCCGUCGAGAGUAGCCGAGGAAACAGAAUCGGACAACGAACCGCUUCCUCCACCUCCGCCGGAAAUGUUCCGAUCGAAUCUCUCUCUGGAUUCAUUGCCACCUCCUCCAGCUCCCGGUGAGCUUCCAAUGUGCAAUACUCCAGAACUCACCGGUUCUUCGUUGAGUCUGGCGUCCCUUCCGCCACCUCCGAGUCCUUUGGUGGGCGAAACAGGAACCAUUCGGCGUGCACGACCGAAACAGUCCACCCCAACGAACUCCAUCACUCCCGAGGGCACUCCAACGCAUGCUCCAUCAAGAUCUACGAACAAUCAGCAGAUCUACUCGACUACGAACAACUUGCAGAACAACUCGAACAGCCAGAACUAUAACACGAACUCCCAGAACGUUCUUCACAUAAACAACACUGCAAAUUCAAUGGCCUCCCCGCACAGUUCCUAUCCAGGAUCAAACGCGAGCACACCGACCUACGCUCCGAGCUCGCCAAACUUCACUUCGCCUCCGCCAUUCGUUCCUCCGCCAGCAUACGGCACGCAACAGCACAACAGUUCCAGCCUCAGCAGACAAAACUCCAAGGUGGAGUCGCUGUACGGAACCCACCCAGGCGUUCACCAACACAACUCGACGGUGCAACCCAUCAGGCCAAACCCGAAUAUGGACACCGUGCGACGAAGUGCCAUGAAGCAAGGCUCGGGACACUACGCGGCUCCGCCUUAUCUAGCUGAGCUGAAAGCCGCUUCCAGCCCUCAGCCCCAGCGUAGGGUGACCAUCCAGGAACCACCCACCUCGCCGAAAUCGAAGACGGGCACCGGUAAGAAGAUCACGUUCAAUCUUCCACCUCAGCAGGAACCGGGAAGUCCAGCUCUGCCCCAGAGGAAGCCCAUGCCACCGAGAAGAUCGGACAGCACGAGGCUCACGUCUCCCAAGAAGCUCGCCGCAUCCGACCAAGCGCCUCCCGGUGACUUCCUGAAGGAUCUCCAAAGAGUGAUGAGGAAAAAAUGGCAGGUAGCUCAGAAGUGUAAGCUAGAUUCCACCACUACCCCGCACGAGGUCCUCGGAUUCCGUGAUCCACCGCCUGCAGUGGCUGAUUACAGAGAGACCAACGUUUCGAACUGGGUCCAGGAACACUACGGAGCUGAUAACUUAUACGAGAAUGUCUAUGCAACCGAUCCACACGCACCUGUGGAGUACGCGUCCAGUCCGGCCAGGCAAGCGACCGUCAGGUUCGCCGACGAGAAUCGCAGCAUCAACAUCGUGAACGCGAUCGCCAGCAAGAGAAGACCACCACCACCGCCUCCGAAAAGGGCGGAGACCACGCAUCUGACCACGACCAGGGCGAUGCACUGACAAUAGCAGUUACUUCAGCCCCAUCCCGAAAGGCGAUGGUAUUGCUGUCUGUGCAGCUGGUGGAAACAGUAACGAAAGGAGCGAGAUGAAUUUUUUCUGUGAUUCGGUCACCCUUUCGAGGUCCUAAGUAUAUCGAGAGUCCACACACACGUUAAUCGUUCUCCGCGUCGUUGCACGCUUCCCGUUCAACGGAGGACUUGAAAAGGUGGGGGGAGGGGGGAAAUAAAUCGGAUCGACGAUUAUCCUUAACGAAGAAGUUCCGCUUUUUCUACGUCGUGAAAACGUUUGCAUGGGAAUCGGUUUGGCUGGGAAAAUCGUUGUUUAUGUUUGCCCAGGAAUUUAAGCGGCUAACAACCGUUCUAGGAUAAUCUAUGUACAUUUAAGGUCUCAAGGACGAGAGAGAGUCUGUUCGAUACUGCCAAUUGAAAACGAUCGUCGAGUCAGAGCCUCGAGUAUCUGAAUUGAAUAGGGAAUUUUUUUUUUUUAAUAACGAUAUAACGGCGAAACGAUGCGCGCGGGUUCUCGAGUUGGAUGUCAAACAUCGUUCUCACCGCCUAAACGGUCGAUCGCCGAUCUGCUUAGAUCGUAAGAGAAAAUACUGCCGCACAUAUUGAGGAUGUGAUAUAGAAGUCUUAAGCCACUAUACAGGAUGUCUCGUGAUCAGGAACAAUCUUUCCUGCGAACAAUUAUUUCUCUUCAAUGAGAAAAAUAAUCAACGGGACACCAUGAUCGCGGUUCUGUUCUUUUGGGGAAACCUAUAACUCACGAAUCGUAAUCGCAUUUCUGUGCGCAAGUUGUAUUCAGAGUUUAACUAGGCUGUUGUUCGCUGGUAUGCAUCCGUAAAGACGAAGUGGAAAGUAUAUUUUCACGUUGUUCCGAUGGAAGAAUUGUAACUGGAUACGAAUGGAUGAGAGAAUGAGAUUGCAGUAGAUAGUUGACGCGAAGAUUUUGUAACGAAGAAGGUGCUUUUUACAGACACGCAGGAUGAGGAGCGAGAGAAAGCGAUAGAGAGGAGGCGUUUGUUCAGAAGACAUACAGAGACACACGUACCAUUGCGUUUGUUCAUUUUUUUUUCUUCUUUCCUUUUCUUCUUUCUUUUCUUUUCAAGCCUCAUGCAUAGGUGUGUAUGUAUAUAAAUGAAAACACGUACGAGCGUUUAUAUCAAUGUAUCGACUUUUGAUGCUGUAUGUUUAUAUGAUAUCGUGCGAAUAUUGAAGUAUCCUCUGCGACGUGGAAACGAUAACACCGUUAUCUAUUCGAUGGACCUCGAUUGAACGCCACACGCGCGGCUCUAUUCGCUCUUCGUUCGUCGUCGAGGCUGGUGUACACUGUUUCCUCGACCAACGAGAUCUCUCACACGCUAUUUUUCGUCAUUUCUUUUUCGUUCGUUGCUUCGAUUCCGAGCAAUGAAAUUUAGACACGACUCUGAACUCGAGCAAGCAACACGAUCGAACAAAUUCAUCGUGAACCUGCAAUUAAUUUCCCUUAAUUGCACGAGAGUUUCUUUUUAAUUAACGUUCGAAUUCAUUUUCACGUUAUCCUUUUCAAUUUUGUAAUCGCGUUAAUGGCACGCUGAACGCGUGUUUCAUUCUUUUAGAGACGUUCGUUCAACCCUCGGACGGCGGACCAUGGAGAGAGACCCGAAUUUUAAUUUAAUUUUCUCUUGCAUACUUUCUUCAAUUUCUAAAUUUUACACUCUGUUCUUUUAACAAUUAUUCUUUCAAUAUAUGAAACUAUCUCCUUUAAAAAUUAUACGUUUAAUUUUAAAUUAAUAUUUUUGAAUAUGUUUUCUAAGUUUGGCUCCGCUGUUCAAGGGCUAACGUCGUCAUUUAAUCGCGACUCGAUUUACUUGUAAGUUGAAGCUUCAAGGUCGGAAACUUUACCACAAACGAAAUAUUUUCUCCAUCAUAUCACACUUAAUCCCGUUUGAAUAAAACCAUGAAAGUCUCACGUUCUGUCGUAUCAUUCUCUACAUCGAGAGCCCUCGAUCGAAUUGGGACUCCGAAAGAAACGAGUAACUGCCAUUUAAAACUUUGGUGAUCGCCGAUGGAAUUUCAGCAACAACAGAUGGGUCUCGUUGACCCGACUGAACCUAACUCCUAUUUCGUAUCUUCUUUGCGUUGUUCGAUACGAACGGGAUCACCGUGGACCAUCGAGGACUGUUGUCAGUCGCGUUCGAAAGGAGUCUCGACGAGUUAUCACGUUUUCAUUUUUUUCUUUUUUACACCGUCGAAGGGAAGACGGAUGAAGACGCGAUAUUUUCUAUUUCCACGUUUUGAUAGGGGCUAGACGAGCUCAAGAAGGAGACUUUUCUACGCGUAUCCGGUGUGCCUCUCCUGAUGAAGCUUCUUUGUUAGAAACGUACGAUCGCACGUGGACGCGCGAGACUCCGGCGACCAUGAUUUAACGAGUAAAACGUAAGAUUCAAGCGAACAGACUGAUGUCGAUUUUGUGAACGGCAUUUCUAUUAGAUUGUUGUACACGAAAUGAUAUUUAAUUAUUAUAACUUUAUUAAAAUUGACAUUCAAACAAAAUGUGUUUUAACAAAUUUCUACAUAUUUUCUAAAAUCACCAAAUAUUUAUUAAAUAUUGUAUUCUUUUGUUUAUAAAAGUUGUAACUUGUAUUGGAUAUGAAAUUCCUAAAGAGAUAGUUACACAGAUUUCACUCUGACCCAUUGUUUCUUGCGAUGGACGAUUAACCAUUUUGUAUUUAGAAUAUCAAUAAAACACUUAUGCAAUUAUUUUCUUUAAACAUUAAAUUUAAAAUUGUUAUAUCAUACGUAUUAUUUUGUGGUGAUUUUAUGUCAUGAAAUCAUGUGAGAACAUUUGAUAUGCAACAACCUAAUAAAUGUCUGCCGUACGCGCGGUCCAAUCAAAACUGAACCAAUAAUAUUAAUAAUAAUAAUGCUAACGAUAUUCCUAACGAUACGCGUUUUCUUUUUGGAACUAAUUGUAUCGAUUUUAAACGGAACAGUGACUUUUUUACGACGAACCUUCUCGACAGGCUUUUCCUGAUCGAGGAUCGAUAAGUUCGAUGAUGUGGUACCACGUGGAGAGUUUUCGGGCACGGUUGUUCGAGAUUGAACAGAAUUAAUUUUUAACAAGAUGUUGUAUGUUGGCCAUAGAAUAUAGUGAAUAGAAAAAAAGGCGUUAAUUUUAGAUUAAUUUGUACAGAGGAUUUUUAAUUAUUAACGUUACUUUCAAUUGAACGAUCUAGAUUUUGUAACUUAUCGGAUUGUAUUGAGAAGUGAAAUUCGUGAAAUAAAUCGAUACAUAGGUUUAAUUUGAUUUUGUACAGUGUAGUACUUUUCAUUUAUAAUCGUUUCUUUUUAAGGAUCAGAAAAAAAGCAGUAACGUUAUAAAGUUUGCGAAUAAGAAGGAAAUUAAGAAUUUUAAUACUGUAUUUAUAAAUUAAAGUAUAAUUUUAUUUUAAUUAUCUUUAAUUUUAAUUUAAUAUUUGCUAGAAAAAGCAAUAAUUCAUUGAAGCACACCUCAGUAACCCAUUCGAUUUAAGCGACGUUUUAUGAUAUGUUUGUAUUAUUUGUAAGGUUUGGUUUAUUUAUUAUUAUUUUGUAUAUAAUUGUGACUUUAAAGUCCUAGUACAAAUAAGUAUUUAAUAAAAGUAUGUAGAAGCGAAACGAUGUUUUAAGUUUUAAUAUCUUACAUUAUGCGAAGAUUUUGUUUAUAACGUUGUUUUAUAUCCAUGCUUAACGAUGCAAUAAACUAAAAAACAGUGGCUAAACGUUUGGGUUACAGAGGGUUGAUUCUUGAGUUAGUCAGGAAUUCUAGCUCUUUGAACUCUUUCAGUUUUCAUUCAA